AUGUAUUUCCACUUCGUAACGAUCUCAGCAGCAGUAUCGGCGUUGUUGUCCGUGAGUAUCAGUGCUGCAACGAUGCUUCCCAAUUAUACAGCAACAUUUAUGGAUACCGCUCGCUGUUUCUCCUGCAUGUCGCGACUGUAUGAAGCAGUUUGGCCCGCUCUUUCUUCUAUUUACAAAAAGCCGAAAAAUUUCACAGAUCUGUGUAACGAGAACAAUCUUGACCCACAAGCCGUUCCGUUCACUUAUUGUCCAACAAUAUGUAUACGAAUGUGGGAAGAACCGGCUGUAGCUGAUGAACAGCUUGUAGGAGUUCGUAUAAGAGGUCAUAUUCGCGGAUGCCUUGAUGAACUUCUCUAUAAUGGUUUCAACCAAACAAUUGUCACGUGGUACAGGUGGAUGCAUCGCGACUCUUGCCGUCAAUAUAGAAAGCGCGAACUAUUCAAACUACCAACCGAAUUAAGCGAUGACAGCUACAUUUCAAUCAACACAUCACGUGAGCUAGAGCAGAACCAAUUGCACAGCAGUGUGAAUUUUAUUGAAAUUGAAAUGAAGAAAUAA